CGACUUUAGAACACCUGUGAGGUCCUGGGUGCUCUGGUGGACGUGGGGAGGUCAGGGGGCAUGAGGGAUUGAUUUUCUCCCCCACCACGUGGGUCAGCACCUCGCAGGCCUCCCAGCUCCUCUGGGUCCCCAGGGGCCCACUCCGAAGGACUGUGAGCCCAGGCUAGGCAGGGGCCCAGGUUGCUUUUCGUGUCCGGUAUGCAAAGGAGAGCCGCGGGAGACGGACACCCGCACUGUCCCGUUUCACAUCUGAAAGUAGGGCAGAUGACCCGAGGGUUUGCACCGGCGCCCGCCCCACAGCGUGUUUUUAAACGGCGCCCGCCCGCACGGGACCAGAACCAGAGAAUCAGCCGAGCCAGGCGCUCCCGGGGCCCCGCCCCGUGCCUGGAAUGGGCGCCUCCGCCUUCCCCGGCCAUUCAGCGUCGUCCUGGCUUAACCUGAAGGCAGCAGCCCACGGGCCUUUCCGGGAGCCAGCGGCGCACAUCGCACCCGCGGCCGACCGCACUGGACUGGAGCCUCCUGCAGGAGGAACCAGGCCUGGAAGUGGCUCCUGCCUGAAAACGCUUGCCCGGGAGCUGCCGCUGGCAAAACUGGGGGCGCGGGAAGCGGAGAGAUCCCGGGAGGCCAGCAAGAAACUCCCCAAAAAGUUUGGACCAGAUCGUUGGUGGCCUGGGGCGCGGUUGGUCCCGGAACUCCUCCCCGGCCGUCACUAAGAUGCUUUGAGCUUCCGGUCUCCCCCGUUCCCUCCUCCUCGCCCUCUCCGCUGAGUGGUCCCGGGAUCGGACUCGGCCUGUUGGGCUUGGCGACAAGCGCCUUUGCUCGCUGACUGCGCCUCCUGGAAGCGAGAGCUGAGCCCACGAGGCUUCGGGCUCCUCUAAGGCUACGGAACGGACACCGGAGAAGAGACGCGAGCCGGGGGCGUCUUCCUCGCCCUGGGGUCUCGGCUCCCGGCGGCCCUAAGAGCCCGAGCACCCGCUCCCGUACUUCCGGGGGACACUCCUGAGCUGCGCACGCCCCUCGGUGUCAGCCAAUAGCGAGCGCAGCCACAGGCCACCCCGCGGCCCCGGGGAGGAGGCGCCCUGCCCGUCACGCCGCCGAGGGGCGGGACUUCCUCCCAGAGCCGGCAGCGGGCGGGAGGCGGGGCCGGGCGCCUGCGGACUGCGGAUCCAUGUGGCGCGGGCUGAGCGCCCUGGCUGCCCGGGCGGCGCGGGUGCCGGGCCCCGGUCCUCCGCCCACCCUGCCCCGCGGCCCGCCGCGUCUGCGGGCCGUCCCGAGGCUCGACGUCUGCUCCCCGACCCCCAGGCGGCGCUGCGGCGGCGACGCCGGGUCCCGGGCCCCCGGAAGCACCAUCUUCGCGCUGAGCUCGGGCCGGGGCCGCUGCGCCGUCGCGGUGAUCCGCACCAGCGGCCCGGCCAGCGGGCUCGCGCUCCGCAGCCUCACGGCGCCCCGGGAGCCGCCUCCGGCCCGCAGCGCCUCCCUGCGCCUUCUCCGCCACCCGCGCUCCGGGGAGCCGCUGGACCGCGCGCUCGUCCUCUGGUUCCCAGGCCCCCGGAGCUUCACGGGUGAGGAUUGCGUGGAGUUGCACGUGCACGGCGGCCCCGCGGUGGUCAGCGGCGUCCUGCAGGCGUUGGGUAGCGUCCCAGGACUGCGGCCAGCGGAGGCCGGGGAAUUCACCAGGAGGGCAUUCGCCCACGGAAAGCUGAGCCUGACUGAGGUGGAGGGGCUGGCAGAUCUGAUCCACGCAGAAACUGAGGCGCAGCGGCGUCAGGCGCUCAGACAGCUGGAUGGGGAGCUGGGCCAGCUGUGCCAAGGCUGGGCAAAGACCCUCACCAAGGCUCUGGCCCAUGUGGAGGCCUACAUUGACUUCGCGGAGGAUGACAACUUGGAAGAGGGCGUGCUGGAGCAGGUGGACAGAGACGUUCGAACCCUGAAGGCUGCGCUGGAUUCCCACCUGCGAGAUGCCCGGCGCGGUGAGAGGCUCCGCUCAGGGGCGCACGUUGUGGUGGCCGGACCCCCCAAUGCGGGCAAGAGCAGCCUCGUCAACCUGCUCAGCCGGAAGCCUUUGUCCAUCGUGUCCCCAGAGCCAGGGACCACCCGUGACGUGCUGGAGACCCCCGUGGACCUGGCCGGGUUUCCUGUGUUGCUGAGUGACACUGCUGGGCUGCGGGAAGGCGUGGGCGCGGUUGAGCAGGAGGGUGUGCGCAGGGCUCGCCAGAGGUUGGAACAGGCCGACAUCAUCCUGGGGGUACUAGAUGCCUCCGACCUGACCUCCCCCUCCAGUCGCAGCUUCCUGGACACUGUGGUGGCCCCACUGGUGGCACAAAGCCCCAACCGUGUCGCGCAGCGCUUCCUGCUGCUUCUCAACAAAUCGGACCUGCUUCCCGCCAGCACCCCGGCCGGAGACAGCGCCCCGGCGGGGCUACCGCACCUGCUGCUGUCCUGCCGCACUGGCGCUGGGCUGGACGGCCUCCUGCAGGCCCUGAAAGCCGAGCUGACUGCCGUGUGUGGGGACCCGCGCACAGACCCACCUCUCCUGACCCGCGCUAGGCACCAGCACCACCUGCAGAGCUGCCGGGACGCCCUCAGCCACUACCAGCCCUCGGCAGACCUGGCCCUGGCAGCCGAGGCCCUGCGCCUGGCUCGCAGGCACCUGAGUCACCUCACAGGGGGAGGAGGCACCGCAGAGGUCCUGGACCUCAUCUUCCAGGACUUCUGUGUGGGCAAGUGAGGGCCAGCGCCUGGCAGGGGCCUCAGAAUCGUCACGAGAUCCUGAUCUAAGAUGACAGCAGCUUGCGGGGGAGCACCGGGGAUCCGCAGCCCUCAGGCCGGUUCCCUCCACAAUGAACAGAGACGGGAGGCCACGUGUGCCAGGGUGGCUAUGCUCCGGCUGCUCAGAUGCAGGCCUCCAUCACUGCCAAGUGCUGGAGGUGAAGCCCUUACAGGGUAGAUGCUGAGCCACGCCCCAGCCCCUCACUGGGGCAUUCUUGGCAGGGCUCCACCCCUGAGCCACGCCCCCAGCCCUCACUGGGGCAUUCUAGGCAGGGCUCCACCCCUGAGCCACGCCCCAGCCCCUCACUGGGGUAUUCUAGGCAGGGGCCCACCUAGCUUCAUGCUUUUGUAUUUUUAACUGCCAAAGGAGUAAGAAGAGUUCAGGUGAUCCAGAAAUGUUUGUUCACAAGGACCUGACAGUCAGCCUUACCUUCCGGAAGUUUGCCUAUGUAUUUUCUCUCUGGAUCAUAUGUCAAGCAUAUAUUUAUUUAUUUAUUUUUACUUCUGUGGUGGCAUGUAUUAUUUUGAAUAAAUUUGCUGUGACAUUUC